AAACAAACAACCACUUCUUGCAAGCAAGCAAUCACCAGCGCGGACCAGCAUUCAUCAUUAUCUCUACAUCCUGCAUCUCAUCUCCCCGUUCUUAUUUUGAACACAGCUACAUCCUAGCAUGGCCCCAAGAAAAUCAGUCUCCAGUCGAACUGGCAAACCUCCAGCAGCUAGUUCCAGCAAGACUACCCUCGACUCCAUCCCGCCUGCGGAUAUCCCCGAAAGUCUCACGCCGGGAUAUUUGUAUGAGCCAACAGAGCGACAGCCCUUAACUCAAGAGGAACAAGCAAAGCUCAUCCAUGAACUUGUAGGCUUCAACCCUAAAAACCUCGGUGCAGAUCUUACGGAGACUGCCCGUUUAGAGAUGUAUAAUGCGGUGACUAGUAUAGACAAUUGGACAAACACGGUAGCGAAGGAUUCUAAAUCUAGAGCCGAGCUGAUUCACGGUCUGCAUGCUCUAGAAACGCUGUUAGAGACACAUGUGGAUAAAGCCUUUGAUAUGUUCACCUCAUGGCUACUGCGAAAUCCUUUUGAGUUCUCACCCGACUUAGAAGUAGUCUUACCGUGGCAGAAGGGUUUGGAUUUCUCUCGGGGAGAAUACGUCGCGACACAACUUGGGGGACAAGAUGGGCUACAGAUGAAGCUUGAUAAGUUGCGCACGGAGGUUGAACAAGCCCGACUGGUAUCUCAGCGUCUAGAAAUCGCUGAAAAGAAGCUUGACCGGCGGAUAGAAGUACUGAAACAACGUCAAGCACAGGUGGGAUUCGUGAAAGAAAUCAUCGAUUCUGCUGGUCUCAAUCCUCUACCAACACGCGCCGCCCAACUUCAAACAACACUUACAUCCCUCCAGUCCGCUCUCAUUCCCCUCGAUAUCAUCCCCAUCCCGACUUCAACCGGCUUACCACCUUCUUCUGGCGAACAUACCAAAGCUUGGGAACUUGGACGAGCGGCUUAUCUUAAUUGGGCGUUGGGGAAAAUGCUUCCUCCAGGAGUGGUGGGCGAGAGUGGGGAUGCGGAGAGGUUGGAAAGGAUUGAGCAGGAGAUAGAAGAGACUGGGCCUAGGGAGGGGAUGGAGGUUUUAACAGGGUCACUCAGGGAUAUGUCACAGUGAAACUGCAUUAAAAAGGAGCGACGACAUGUUAUUUGUACUCGUAUGAUUAUAGCUGAUGCUACAAUCAUAACAAAGAUACAAAGCAUCACUAGGUCGACGCAUCUCGCCAUAAUUUACUUUCAUAGUGGUUCCAUUCGACAGGACGGCAUCAGUUGAAGGCUUUGGUAAGAAAAUAAAGGACCUCUAGGACAGAGACCCUCGUGUGAAGUGAAGAAUCCAAAAAGAAUUGAUUUAUUACAACGAGACGGGCUAUUGAAUUUUGUCGUACAGAUCAAUAACUGUCACUCCUCCAAAUGCAGC